AAAUAAAAGUGUCAAACCCCAAAAUAUAGUACACACCAUCCUCCAACCCCCAUUAUUCAUCAUCAUCAUCUUCAUCAUCAUCAUCCAUGGCCCUCCUCCUCCUCCUCCUCUUCACCAACAUCUUCACCAUCUCCUCCUCCUCCUCCUCCUCCUCUCACCAUCACCAUCACCACCAAACCCUACCACCAUCUCCUCCAUCCUCACCCACACCUUCCACCUCCGCUUCCACCUCCCCCUCCCUCCAAAUCCUCCUCGCAUGCAACGCCACCCGUUUCCCCUCCAUCUGCGUCUCCUCCCUCUCCUCCUCCUCCUCCUCCUCCUCCACCGCUCCCGACAUCAUCUCCGCCGCCGUCUCCGCCGCCGCCGCCGCCCUCCCCGCCGCCGUCUCCGCCGCCAAAGACAUCCUCGCCGCCUCCGCCGCCUCCGUCAACCGCUCCUCCGCCGCCCGGAACUGCCUCGAGCUCCUCUCCCUCUCCUCCCGCCGCCUCUCCUCCGUCUCGCUCCCGCCGUCGUCGUUGCCGGCGGCGCGGGCGAUGGCGUCGGCGGCGCUGCUGUACCAGUACGACUGCUGGUCGGCCUACAAGUACGUGAACGACAGCCGGCAGGUGGACGCCGCCAUGGCCUUCCUCGCCGACAACCUCACCGCCCUCACCAGCAACGCCGCCUCCAUGCUCGCCGCCCUCCACCGCUUCGGCCCCGACCUCUCCCGCUGGGCCCCGCCCCAGACCGAGCGCGACGGGUACUGGCCUGGCGCAACUCACCAAUUCCGAGUCAACUCGAUCCAAGGAGGGGUGCCGACCGGGUUGAAGCCGAAUGUCACGGUUUGCAAGGAAGGGGGUUGCGAGUUCGAUUCGGUUCAGAAGGCAAUUCAGGCCGCGCCGGACUUCGGGGCCGGGCGGUUCGUGGUGUACGCGAAGGAGGGGGUGUACGAGGAGACGGUGCGGGUGCCCUUCGAGAAGACGAAGGUCGUGCUCGUCGGGGACGGGAUGGGCAAGACCGUCAUUACGGGAUCGCUCAACGUCGGCACCCCCGGCAUCUGGACCUACAACACCGCCACCGUCGCCGUGCUCGGCGACGGAUUCAUGGCCCGCGACCUGACGAUCGCCAACACCGCCGGCCCCGACAAGCACCAGGCGGUCGCCUUCCGGUCCGACAGCGACCUCUCCGUCAUCGACAGCGUCGAGUUCCUCGGCCACCAGGACACCCUCUAUGCUCACGGCCUCCGUCAGUUCUACACUAACUGCCGCAUCUCCGGCACCGUCGACUUCAUCUUCGGCAAUUCUGCUGCUGUCUUCAGCAACUGCCUCAUCAUUGUCCUCCCGCGCCAGGUCAACCCCGAGCACGGCGAGUCCAACACCCUCACGGCCCACGGCCGCACCGACCCGGCCCAGUCGACGGGCUUCGUCUUUGACCAUUGCGUGGCCAACGGCAGCGACGACUACCUCGCACUGUACCGAAAGAAUCCGUCGGUGCACCGAGUUUACCUCGGGCGACCGUGGAAGGAGUAUUCGAGGACCGUGUUUCUGAACUGUUAUCUGCCGGAAAUCAUACGACCGGAGGGGUGGUUACCGUUCAACGGGGAUUUCGCGCUGAAGACGCUGUACUACGGCGAGUACCAAAGCACGGGGCCGGGCGGGCAGGUCGGCGGGAGGGUGCCGUGGAGCAGCCAAGUUCCAGCCGAGCACGUCGCGGUGUACUCGGUGGACAACUUCAUUCAGGGGGAUCAAUGGAUUCCUACUUAAGAUUAGAUAAAAGGAGGAAGCAUUUCUCUUUCUCUAUGAUCCUUGUAUGAGAAUAAUAAGAUUAUAAGUAUUCAGUUUCCUUUCUCUGAGUGACUAAA